AUGAACGAGAGAAAGACUGGAAAUGAAAGCAGGACUGUUGACCCCAGAUGGAUCAGUAACCAUGGACCAAUGUCAGUGAUGCCUGAACGAGGGAAGGUCUUGCAGCUAAGGAAAUACAAUUUCCACGGCACACUGGGAUAUUCUGCAGUUGCUCUUAAUCAUGUCAUCGAUUUUAAAGAAAAGAAACAGGAAAUUGUCAAGCCAGUAUCUCCUUCAGAGCUGUUUCCAUCUUUGCCUAUUGUACAAGGAACAUCUAAAAGAAUUAAAGUCUUAACCCGGCUAACACUUGUUGUUUCUGAUCCUUCCCACUGUAAUCUCUUGAGAUCAACAUCUGCAAAUAUAAGGUUAUAUGACAUCAUAGCAGUAUUUCCGAAGACUGAGAAACUGUUCCAUAUUGCUUGCACAACUCUAGAUGUGGAUCUGGUAUGCAUAAAUGUAACAGAAAAGCUGCCAUUCUACUUCCGAAGGCCUCCUGUGAAUAUGGCAAUAGAUCGAGGCAUUUACUUUGAACUUCUUUACACGCCUGCCAUCAAAGACUCCACAAUGAGAAGAUACACAAUUUCAAAUGCGAUCAGCCUGAUGCAGAUCUGCAAAGGAAAGAACAUUGUUAUAUCUAGUGCAGCUGAAAGGCCUCUGGAACUACGAGGUCCUUACGACGUGGCUAAUCUAGGUUUGCUGUUUGGCCUGUCGGAAAGCGAAGCCAAGGCAGCCGUGUCUACCAACUGCAGAGCCGCCAUGCUUCAUGGAGAAACUCGGAAGAGUGCCUGUGGGGUAGUGUACACAGUGAAGAAGCCUCGCAAGGUUGAGGAGGAAGAAACAACACUGCCUGCGUGCAAGAAAGCUAAGACUCAAGCUUGAGAACUGAACCAAUUGUUAACAGGGGCCUCCAUCCCAUCUCUACCCAGUGUUGAGUCUUCCCUAAUCGUCCAGCUAGCCCAGUUUCUCCUUUAUUACUUUAUUUAGCCUGGAGAAUUAUUCUUCUGGUGUUCAAGUGAGGAAGGCUGUGGGAAUGAUUCUGCUGAAUGGUAGUUCACCAUAUCUGAAAGGUCAUGCUGGACUUCCGGUCAAGGUCAGGAGACCAUCUCUCCACCCUGCCUUAGGUCUUCUGGAGUCAGUGCAAACUCAACACAACGUUUCUAACAUACAGAAGUUUUCAGUUGUACAAGUGCAUUC